AUGAAAGUUCCUGCCACUCAACCAGGUGACAGUGGCUCGCCGAUAGCCUUAGCUGAUAGUACGAUACAGCGACAUCACCGCGAACGACAUUACCGCGAACGACGUUACCGCC